UUAAUCAUCGAGUCAUGUCUUUAGUUUGGUCACUAAGCUUUUAGUCACUAACAGCCACAGCUUCUGGUUCCUACAUCAACGAUCUACUGCUGCAUCCACUUCUCAACACUGAAAACAAUACGAAGCUGCCGACGUUGAUUUAUUUAUUUUUAUUAUAUAUUAUUAUAUUUUUUAAGUUUUUUAGUUUUUUAGUUUCAUUUUGUAUGAAGCUGAUUCCAGUCCUAUCAUUACACUCCGUCAGUUCCGCUUCAUUUGUGGACCAAUGACUGCACAGAGGCUUUUCAGUUUAAUUAUAUUGGAUCAUGUGUCACACAGACUUUGUACUUUGAUUAUUACACAGAAACUCAGUCUGAAUGUGCUGUGCUGUCUGAGGGUUAGUGUUAGUAGUGUCAGCUCAGGAAAACAGAAAUGUGAGAGUUAACCAGGCUCCUCUCAGUCUCUCACUCACAGUAAGCAGGUUACCUACUGCUCAGUGCAGUGAAUGACUUCUCUUUGUUUCCAGAUGUUCUCCUCCUGGUUUGGAUGAAGACUCACCUCCUCCAGAUCUCAGUGAGAUGGUCUCCUCAGCUCAUGAAAACAACCAACCUUCCUUUCAAAAUGAGUUCCAGAGGAAAACCUUUGACAGCUGCAUCUCUGCUGAUCUUUAUCUUCCUUCUUUGGUCCUGGCUGGCAGCAGCGUCCUCCUCCACUCACCUUCCCUCCUCCUCUGGUCAUUUUCCACCUCAUGGUGGCUAUACUUUUGAUGAAAGUCUUCAGUCAAAACAGUCUGACAUGUCAUCCAGCAGAGUAUCAGAUAGGGAAUGAAUGCUGUCCCAUGUGUCCACCUGGAAGUCGUGUUAAAACAGAUUGCACAGAGUUCAGAAGUAGGUCCUGUCUGCCCUGCUUAGAGGGAACCUACAUGAAUCAUCCUGCUGGACUUAAAAACUGUUUUCCCUGCACAAACUGUAACACAGGUUCUGGUCUGAAGAUAAAGACUUCAUGUACAUCAACAUCAGAUACAGUUUGUAAACCACUGGAAGGAUUCUACUGUAUAGACGUCAAAGACAAAUGCUGUAUGGCAGCACAGAGACACAAACACUGUGAACCAGGACAAUACAUCAGUAAAAAAGGAACAGCCUCCACAGACACUGAGUGCUCUGACUGCACUGAUGGAACAUUUUCAGAUGGGACAUUUACAUCUUGUCAGCCACACACACAAUGUGAAUCAAUAAACCUUCAGCUGAUCAGACCAGGAACUGCUACAACUGAUGCUCAAUGUGGAGAACACAGUUCAAACACGACAGUGACUGUGAUCAGCGUUGUAGUAUCUUUGUUAUUAAUAGCAGCUGUAGUCGUAUUCAUAUUCAUAAAGAGAAGUCGUCUAACAGGCCGUUUCAGCAAAAAGAGUGAGAACAGUCCCCCAGAGGUUCACCAACCUGAAGAAGCAAGACAAAUGGUUGAACAUCAACAGCAGCAGAGGUGAUGACAGUGACCAGCAGCAGGUGUUACAGCAGAGACUAAAGGAAGCUGGAAUGUGGAUCUUGUUGACUCGAGCUACAUGAAGCUCCUGCUGACAGUGAGUGUGUGUGUGUGUGUGAACACACAGACUUUACUGAUCUUUGCUGCUGGUCAGAGAUAGAUUCAUCCAGAGGGAGCUCCGAGUAGAGCUGCUCAUCUUUCACAUUGAAAGGAACCAGUUGAGGUGGUUCAGACAUCUGAUCAGGACGACUCUCUGCUGCCUUCCUUUGGAGAUUUUCCAGCCACGUCCAACUGGUAGGAGACCCCGAGGUAGACCCAGAACUUUCUGGAUGGAUUACAGAUCCCAUCAGGCCUGGGAACGUCUCAGGAGGAGCUGGGAAACCUUGCUGGGGUGAGGGACGUCUGAUAAACCCUGCCUAACCUGUGGCACUGCUACCUGACCCCAGAUCAGCAGAAGAGGAUGAGGACAGUGUCCUUUACUGCAGCAUGAUGGGACAUCACUGCCAUCAAAGGACCAGUGAGGAACAUUAUAAUAAUCCUUCACAAUGGAGAUUUCAUUUGAUGACAUCAUAGAGCUUCAUCAGGUUCAUGAAAAGACAAAGACUUCUAUCAGUCUGAUGAAGCUCUGAGCAAAACACACAGCUGAUGUCAGUGCUAUCAAAGAACAUUUGUUUUUAUGGGCUGAAUGUGUUGAAUGUACUGAAUGUGCUUUAUUUUUCAUGUUGCAGUUUCUUGUUCCUCCAGCUCUGCUCAUGCUGUAAAUGAAGCUUUUUCUCUUUUUAACUAAGUAAUAUACUGUAUGUUUCUUUACUCUGUGUCCUUCUGUAAACUCCAUGUACAGUUUUAUAUAAACAAGUGUAUUUUUGUAUCAUAUUUUACUAUAAAAGUGAGACAGUCUUUAGUCAAGAAUCGGGUCAGUUGGCUCUAAUUAAAUCUCAGUUCUUUUCUGACCCUGGUACUGACCUUAAACCUGUCAUGUCUCUUUAAAGACAGAGGACAGAGAAUAACAGGUUGUUAUUUUAGUGUAAACUAAUAAAAGCCCACAUACAGA